CACACCGCACACAGUACUCGUCCUCCUUGCAGAGCUUGCACCAACACGCCACCUUACCUUGCUUUGCUCGCACUCGCACACAGUUGCGAGCGCAUUGCUUGCAUUGCGCAGCCGCAGGCCGCAGCACGAAGCUAGCCAGUAGGCGGUAGAUGGCGAGCAGCGCGGGGAACCGCUUCCUGAGGCAGCUGAGCGCGAGCAACGGCGACGAAGCGGUCUGCGGCGGCCUGCAGAUGGACCAGCAGGAGUACGGCGGCGCCGGCGUGGGGAGGAGGGGAUCCCGGCGGUGGUCGAAGAAGCGGGCCGCCGCCGCCGCCGCCGCGAGGGGCUACGGCGCCGGCAGCGGGAAUGGCGUGAAGCAGCCGGCCUCUGCCGCGGGGAAGCGGGUGAUGGUGGUGGUGGACGAGAGCUCGGGAGCCAACCACGCCAUGAUGUGGGCGCUCACCCACGUCGCCGACAAGGGGGACUUCCUCACGCUGCUCCACGUCCUGCCGCGCUCCGGCAGCGGCAGGGGCGAGGAGGCCUCCUCCCUCGCCAACUCGCUCGGCACGCUCUGCAAGGCCUCCAGGCCAGAGGUGGAGGUCGAAGCGCUUGUGAUCCAAGGGCCCAAGCUGGGCACCGUGCUCAGCCAGGUGAAGAAGCUGGAGGCCUCCGUGCUGGUGCUCAGCCAGUGCAGGCCAUCUCCCUGCUGGUUAAGCUGCUUCCUGCGGAGCAGCGGCGAGGAGUUUGUGGAGCAGUGCAUCAACCAGGCGGAGUGCCUGACGCUGGCGGUGAGGAAGCAGAGCAAGGGCGUCGGUGGGUACCUCAUCAGCACCCGGUGGCAGAAGAACUUCUGGCUCCUGGCCUGACAACCAUGCAUUUUACCUAGCUAGUUACUACUGCUACAUGAUCACAUUUGUUUUAAGUCACUCCCGUAUAUGUGCUGUCAUUUCGUGUCAUCAAGUGCGUCACAAGAAAGACCAUCUCUCUCUCUCCUUCAUCCUGUUGUAAAGCGAAAAGAGCCUCCGAAUCUGACCACCUUUCUACGAACCUGUAUCUUCCCUGCAAGUCUUUAGCGUGCGUGUAGUACUGUGAUCUGCACUGAACAAUCAUGUAAUGCUGCAUAAAUGACCAAUUCUGUU